GCUCAAACGAAACCGUAGCACGUCCUUGAUGAAACGAAGCAAGUACCACCCUACAUAAUUUGAUGAAAGUAGAAAAAUGAAAAUAUUAUGAAAAAACAGAUGAUAUCACACCGCUGUGUUGGAAUUGUUUCACAACAGCAACAUGUUCGUGCUUGUUCGAGGAAAUAACGUCUCGCUUUCGCCUGCAUAUUUUGCAUUUAUUUGGCGUCCUCGAGACCACGAUUCCAUUUCCACGUGCUGCAUCUCUCGUUCGGCUUGGCGAUCCCUUUCAUCUCAUCAAGAUGCCAAUUCUAUUGCUUGGCUUCCUGCAGCUCUAGUAGCGAGGGAUUAAUCCGUCCUACAUACAUAAGGUAGCAAGCUCCGCAAUGAUCAUCAGACGUAGAACUAGAAGAACAACACAGUUGCCAAGAUGCUCCAGAUCUUGUUCAAUUAGAUCUGUAUUGAUUCGCGCGAAUCCAUCCUGAGUUUCUCCAGCGAUUUCACAGCAAAUUUAAAUAGCGACAUAAAAAGAAUUUAUGAGAUUUUCGUAUUUCAAGCAAGAAGAACGAGUAGUAUAGCAGUUGAUUUAGUGUACUAGUCCUAGGCGACUUUUUUGAACUUUUAGCUGGGUCCUGGUCCUGUCUUCAAAGAAAGCAAAGUAAGUCUGAGCGCGACAACCUCAUUUGAAGGCCACCUACUGACGAUGUUGGGUGCGAACAAUCCUCGCUACCCGCGUUGCACGUCGUCGCUGGUAAACGCGAACUUGGCACAGACGGCAUAGCGACGACAGUUAUUUUUGACCGCCACAGCAGCACCGAAGGAAGACGCCCCGUACCGGAGCCCCCCGUGCCCCGAAAAAAUAAACCGAAACGGACAACCGCACCAACGCCAGCCACCAGUGAGUUUACCGACCUCCUAUAGCGCCUCAAUCAUCCCCAGCAGCACAGGGGUUCGAUAUCAAGCGCAUUUAUCUCCUCGAAAUCAGACGACCAAAGGAACCCGAAAUAAGCAGCUUCGAGAGGCUUGCUCUUGCUCAUCAAAAUCAAGGGCCGAUAUCGAGGACUUGGUAUUAAAUACGACAAAACUACAUCCGCUGCGACACGAUGUCGACGCAAGUACAGGAAGCCGGGGAGACUUUCAUCGAGAGUCCAACACCCCCGUUGGAGGUGGUAGUCCACCCCAUCGUCCUGCUCAGCGUUGUGGACCACUAUAACCGAGUUGCCAAGGGCACCAGCAAGCGCGUCGUCGGCACGCUGCUCGGGGAGGUAAUCUUAUCAGAGUGAGGAUUUUUGUUUUGAAGUAGCGUAUUUUUAGUACGUAGUACGUACAAACAACCGGUUUGCAUUGGCAUUUGCAUGCAUUCAUAGAUCAUGACUCCUUGCCCUUGGCUUUACGUACCAGUUGAUCUUGAUGUUAUCAAAAACUACACAAUACUCCUGUCUUUGCAGUAGUAGAGGUAAGAAAACAUGACGAUGCUCAACUACAACAGGUAAGAGAUAAUAAGAUGCACAUCCUGACAAGCUUCGCCGUUCCCUUCGAAGAAGAAGCACGGGAUCCGAAUGUUUGGUUCCUCGACCACAACUAUCACGAGCAACUCUCGGGAAUGCACAAAAAGGUCAACGCGAAGGAGCACAUAGUAGGCUGGUAAGAAAGUUGUUCUUCUUCUUGCUGUUUCAUGUUAUAAAAUUGGAAGCAAUAGCAAGUAGCUGCAACGGAACUCACUAUGUGAAGAAGAUUCUGGCGCGUCCUCGUCCUAGGAUGAUUCUUUUCAUUUUCUCAUUGUGUCCAAGCCGAAGCCCAUUGCCAUUGAUGUUCCUGCACAUGACAAUGAUUCAGGUACUCAAGCGGCCCAAAAAUAAAACCCGCGGAUAUACAAAUUCACGAGCUCUAUCGGAAGUAUUGCAAGGAGCCAGUAUUUCUCAUCAUGGAAGUCCAGCCCAAGGAAAACGAGCUCCCCAUGGAAGCGUAUCACUUUUUGUUUUUGUAAGUUUCAGGCAUUUCUGGUUCAACCUCUACAUCAUCAUUUGGUGCGUAUGUCUACAUGAAGACCACGCACCCACGCGGCCGGCUCUAGCGAGACUACAUCUGCAAAAAAAAAAAUUGGUGAUCUUCGUCUUCCCCUCUGCAAUUUGUGUCUUCUAUCAUUGCGACCUAGGUACUACUCGGUCGCUGAAAAGACGUUCGACGGCUCAUUCACACGAACAUUCCGAACCAUUCCUUCCGCUUUCGGAGCUGACGAAGCAGAAGAGGUAUUUCGGAAUGAAAUCCCUACACUUUCAACAUCCACUUUCAGCACAAAGAGGCAGUUUACAUUUUUUUUUCCCGUUCUUCAUUCCUUUCCGGUUCGCGUUCGCAUGUGUACUAGCUCGUCACAUGCAUUUUUCGUAAUCGAAAAUGAUUCUAGGUCGGCACCGAGCAUUUGCUGCGCGACAUCCAAAACCGCGCGACGUCCACGCUAGCCGCCAGAAUAGGAAACAAGAGCCGUGCGCUGCGUACGCUAGUCGGCAAGUUGAAGGACGUGAAGGAGUAUUUGCACUUGGUGCAUGAAGGCAAGUUUCCUUACAAUGCAGUCAUACUGGAGAAGCUGCAGCGAAUCUUCAACGACCUUCCAGAAAUGCAGGACAGUGCAGAGAUGGUCGAAUUUUGCGCCCACGAAACGAACGACCAGUACAUGGGAAUAUACUCCGGAGUCAUGCUCAGGUACGGUAGAAACAUCGAACAGGAGCGUGCUGUUACUGUGCUUUUAUUUUCCGUCAGGCGACUCAGCCGCUAGGAGGCAACUCAGCCGUCUGGUAGUCAUAUUCUGGCUACUUCGUACUCAUUCACAGCUACCUGCAGCCGCCCUAAAACCUUUAAUGCCAUUGCCAAUGGUCGUGCACGAAUUCCUCCAUUUACAUACAACUUCAGGUCUAUGCUCGCGCUGCACAACCUCGUCCAGAACAAGAUCAACUCCAAGAAGUUUCGUGAGGAUGAAGCUAAGGCGGAAAAGGAAGAAAAGGACAAGAAGGAAAAAGAAGCCAAAGAAAAAGAACAGGACAAGGAAAAAGAAAAAGACAAGGAGAAUAAGGCCAAGGGCGCGUAGACAUGAUUUCUUGCCAUCCUAGUACUGGCUUGACCACAAAGAAAUUGGCGAGCGCAAACAUGGGUGCUCACGGCGACAUGAUCUUGAUAUUACCUCGUACUCGACGUACAUCGUGAGAACACGAGCGGCAAGAUACGAAAACGAUUUUUUCAAACGACAUUCAUGCGCACGCGCAGCUGUUGUACAUACUAUCUGUGAUGUUUGUGUGGAAGAAGUACAACGAAACGUGAUUCUCUGCUAGAUCUAUGUUACCUUCCAAUGUUGCAAGAAUGUUGGCAACAGGGUACUUAAGCAGCAC